AUUCUAAUGUCAGCGAUUAAUUUACAUGUAACAUUUUAUUCCGAUUUCUGGACCACAAGAUGAGUAACGACACAGAAAAAGAAGCAAAGAUAAAAGGAAAGCUAGAUGAGGAUACUCUGAGCUACUUUAAAAGAGUUGAAAGUGUAAUCGAAGAUGAUGAUUUUGAAGAUGAAGAAGCCAGAGAGCUYUUCAUCGAGAAUGUCUUCACCCAGAUUGAAGGUAACGAACUUGSACUUUGUUGCGGGCAAUCCAUGAGUAGAGYCUUCGAGAGACUUAUCGUYCUCUUCAAUGAAGCACAACUWAAAGCGAUAUGGAAAAAUCUAUCAAAAGACUACAUGACAGUUACAACUGACAGAUUUGGAAGUCAUGUCGUACAGAAUUUGGUGAAUUCUAUUCCAAGAAUUAUUAGAAUUGAAAGAAAUAAACUUAAAGGAGAGAAACACAUUGAAAACAGCGAGGAAUCUAUGGAGCAGUUAUUCAUACUGUACUGCAGCUUUAUUAGGGAGAAUUUACCAAAUCUACUGGGAGAUACUUAUGGCUCGCAUGUAAUCCGUGCGGUCUUGGAAGUACUUGGUGGAGUUCAUAUUAUAGACAGUGUGCAGAGAAGUAGAAAUUCCAGAGGAUGUAGAGGAAAAGCAUUCAAAAUGRAAGAAAGAAAAUAUGGAAAAGUUCAACCAGCAGGUCAUGUGUUUGGUAGUCCAUCUUCUCAAAAAUUUGCAGUGCCUGAGAGUUUUACAUCUGUACUUGAAAAUCUUACAGCAAGUGUUCUCAACAUGGAUAUCAAUACUCUUGUGUAUAGCCCACUAAGUUGCCCAGUGCUUCAAACACUUUUACUUGUCCAGCAUGAAAAAGAUGACAAACUGUGCUCAAAACUCUGCAAAAAGAUUAUGAAGCUUGUAGUUGAUAACCAGGAUAAUGAAGAAAGCUACCAAAUUCCCUCACUUUUGACUGACAGUGUCGCCAGCCAUCUUGUAGAGAAAGUCUUUCUUGUUGCUUCGUCAAAACAACAUAAAACGUUUUUCAAGAAGUUCUUUAAAGGACAUCUGGAUAGCUUAGCACUACAUCCUGUUUGCAAUUAUUUGGUACAACACUUACUGACCAAUACUACUGACCCUGUCUUGGGAGGACUUAUGCUGGAUGAACUUCUUGGUGAAAUAGAAGAAAUCUUGUCAUCAGGCCAUGAUGGAGUUGUAGCAAGAAUGGCAGAGAUGUCUGUAAGGUUUCAGGUAAAACAGCAAGAGUUCCAAGAAGGAAUACUUGAAGCCUUUCAUUGUGCUGGGAAAAAAGAGAGAAAAAAAUGUGCACCCUUGAUUCUAUGUAUGACAACAUAUGAUGUCUUCUUUGGAGAGAAAAACCGAGAAGAAAAUACAGAGAAGAAAGAAGAAGGAACAGACAAAACAAAGGACGAGGAAGUUCAAAGUCCAUCAUUGAAAGCAAUCAAUUACCAUGGUGCAGUAUUGUUGAAAACUGUUCUUGACUUUCAAAAUCCGAAAGUGUUUGUCAGCAGCUUACUACACAUGAAGAAGGAGGAGCUAACCAAGGUUUGUUGUGACUUGAUUGGAUCAAGAACCAUUGAAGCUUUACUGAAAAGCCAAACAGUACCCAUCGAAAAGAAGAACAAGCUUUGUAAGAUAUUCCAGGGAGAAUUUGCUGCAUUCGCGUGCGACAAGAGUGCUAGUCAUGUAGUGGAAUCGUGUUGGAGAGAAGUAGAUGCGGUUCACAGAGAAAUCRUAACCCAGGAAUUAACCAAUCAGCAACACAAGUUAAGCAAAGACUUUUAUGGCAGCAAAGUUUUAAAAAGCUGUGUUGUUCAGAAAACCGGUAAAAAUACUUUUGGAAAAGAAGAAAGCAAUUCUAGAAAACGACAAAAUGUCGAAGAGGUUUUGAAAGAUAAACAAGAAAAGAGAACAAAAACAAUACAAAAAGAUGAAUCAAAUUUUACUCAGUACGUAAAAGAGCUGGCUGUGUUGGGUUUUGAACAAACAAAUCAAGAGGAUGUGAGGAAUGAAAGCAGAAAGAAAUCAAAGAAAGAAAAGAAACGGAAAAAAGAGAAAGCAAUGGAAGAUGAGAUUGAUUUGAUAUUCAAGUCGAAAAAAACUGCAGCAAGUUAAGUGAACCAGGACAUAAUAAUUGUGAAUUGUUUAGCGAAAUUUUUAUGUUGAAUAAAUAACAACAGAUGCAAAA